AUAAUCUGUUGAAAGUUAGGAAACAUAUAUAGCAGAUUGUAUUACUCUUACUUAACCAUAUCCUAAUCACCAUUAAUUAAGUUCCGAGUUUGUUUUUUAAUCACUCACAUGACUACUAUAAACCAUCCACUACUACUCCCCACACUACUCCCACAGCCACCAAAAUGACCGGCGGAGCAGAUGCACUCGAUCAAAUCCAAACCCCCGACCUCCUCGUCGCCGCCGCGAAGCCGCCCAAGUCGGCGAUCCGGCGCCCCCGCGGGCGCCCCGCGGGGUCCAAGAACAAGCCGAAGCCCCCCAUCAUCAUCACCAGGGACAGCGCCAACGCGCUCAAGGCCCACGCCAUGGAGGUGGUCUCCGGCUGCGACAUCGCCGACAACCUCGUCGGCUUCGCCCGCCGCAAGCAGCGCGGCGUGUGCGUGCUCAGCGCCACCGGCUUCGUCACCAACGUCACCCUGCGGCAGCCGUCGUCGUCGGGCUCCAUCGUCACGCUCCACGGCAGGUUCGAGAUCCUGUCGCUGCUGGGGUCUGUGCUGCCCCCGCCGGCCCCCGCGGGGGUGGCGGGGCUCGCCGUGUACCUGGCCGGGGCGCAGGGGCAGGUCGUUGGCGGGAGCGUCGUCGGCGCGCUCAUUGCCUCGGGCCCCGUCGUCAUCAUGGCGGCCACAUUCAUGAACGCCACCUUCGACCGCCUGCCGUUGGACGACGCCGACGAGAUGGCGGCCGGCGGCCAGCACUACCAGAACAACAGGCAGCGCCACCAUGUGGAUCUCGCUGCGGAUGUGUAUGGGAUUCCGCAGAAUUUGCUCACUAAUGGAGCUUUGCCUUCCGACGGUUAUGGCUGGGGACCCGGCCGGGCCGGGCCGGGUCGAAACCCUAAUUGAAUUCCUUGAUUUUAAGGCGAUCAGAUGUAGUCUCAGUUUAUUUUCUGUAUGUGGUAAUCAUGUAACCAAUGU